AUGCACUUGACGACAUACGUCUUCCAUAAGGCACCCCAUGUUUCUCCCAUCGUGGGCGGUCGAAAAGUCGAUUACAUUAGGAUUCGCAUCGAGGCCCUAAGUCUAUGGCUGGCGAGAGAGGACCUUGAUGACAUCGAAACUGCAUAUCCUUUCGACAUCUGUUUUCCGUACAACCUUUUGAGCGGGUAUGACAAACGUGGCGCGAGUGGACUACAGGAUAUUUGGACUGCCAAUAUUUGCGGGAUCUUUGAUCAUUUUGUAGUCUUCGAGGCAAACAAGUCCGAUUACAUCAUCUUCGUCAUCGAGGGCCUGAGAAAGCCCGCGUAUCUCAUAUACUUGAUACUCUGGGAAACAUAG